AAACAUAAUAAAAACUGCUCUUAUGUAAUAGUUUUUAUUUUAUACUUAUUAUUUUUUGGAUGAAUGUGAUACGAAAAAUUAUUUUUAUUUGAAUUUUGAUUGCAUAUACGAUGUUUACAUACAUUAAAGCGCACAAUAUAAAGAGAAUAAUAUAAAAGGGAAAUAAUGAAUUUGAAAUUCAAAAUUAAAACAAAAAAUUUGUUAAAAAACUUUAUCAUCAAUUAUCGUCAGUUUUAUACGUACAUCGUUCACAGAAUUGAAUCACUGGAAGUAAACCAAAUCACAAGACAGAUUGAUCUUAAAUAUUGAUUGCAAAGAUAUUUUUCAUCAAAAUUAUCUAUAUUUUGUAUCAAUUUAACUUAUAAAACUUAAAAAUCAACUUAUAUAAUUAUAUAAAAUGCAUUGGUGAAUAUCAUUGUUACACUGAAAAUGAUUGAUAGAAACAAUUCAUGAAAAAAUAAUUAUAUCUAUAAAUUUUUAUUCAGAUUAGAUGUAAUUAGAUGUAAUAAUUAUGUUUCUUAAUGUAUCAAUUAUAUUUUAACGACAAUAAAUAAUUCGAGAUGAAAACUUUCUAUUUUAUAGAAUUUUGCAGAAUUGUGAAUUAAUCGUUAAUUAAAUCUGAUUCUUCUAGAUUUUGAUCACGUGGUUUUGUUUUCGUCCGGUGAUGUCACAACGAUAAACGAUGUAUACAUACUAAUUCUUUUCCGACCUUCGUCGUUAGAGCUUUGAUCCCAAGACAGCGUUUUUCUUUUUUUUUUUUGUUUUUAUCUCUGAAAUGGCGAUUCUUCUCAGCAUUUCUACAAAACUAUAUGAUUUAUCAAGGGAGCGGAACGAGAGAGCGACCCUUUCGCUACCAAUGGUCAUUCCGGCAUUCAACAGGUGGUCCAGUUUACGUGAAAUGUUGAUGAAAACCUUCGACGUGUGCCCAUCCCCACCGCCUCCAUUGUGCGGCGAUGGAAGUUCGGAAAAAGGAUGCCUCGAGGAAAUUACACUUGCGUGGAAAGUUUUCCGCGGAUUGGACACUGGUUUCGUAUCGAAUGUCAGACACUUCGACGAAGAAAUGACUUUUUUCACGAGCGAAUCAUUUUAUCUUUGA